AUAAAAAAUUAAAAUUGUAAACAGAUAAGAGACUAGUAAAUGUAAUUUCCAUCUACAAGCACUAAACUCUAACCUAGGCUAAUCUAAUCGUAGGAAGGGAAAACUUACAAAACGUAUACACUGAUAGUGGCGCUCCUCUAUCUUGUUUUUAGUUUACAUUUGUGCCAUUCAUGUCGCUGUAGUCAAUCAUUCUUCGAGUGAAGAUUAGUGGACAAUGUUUAAUUUUAAUCGAAGUUUAAAGCAAUGGUGGAGGAAUUUGUAACUAUUUUUCGAAAUAUUUUUAUGUAUAUACUUACCUUCUCUUAAAUAGUUUGUUUUAGGUUCAGUAAUAAUUUGUUUAACGAGAUUAUGAAUGUUGAUGUAACAUGAGUUAAAAAUGUAGUAAAAAUAAAAUUUGUUCACACGAAACAUUAUUUCAUAUCGAACUAAUAGAAACGUUUACUUCGAUUUAAGUUAACGGGUAAUUAAAUCUGUACGUCGUUAGUUAAUUUUAAUAGUGUUUUUCGGUUUGUAUUGAAUUGUUACAUUAACUUUAAAAAUGGCGGCUCAAGGUUUACCGACGAAAAUAAAAGAAUUACGUUUACCAAUUUCAAGAGUUAAAACGAUAAUGAAAAGUUCGCCUUACGUAGAUACGGUUGGACAAGACGGAUUAUAUUUGGUUACAAAAGCUACGGAAUUAUUUAUUCAUUACUUAACAACAGAGGCUCAUAUGCAAAAUAAUAAAGGAAAUAAUUUAGAUUAUAAACAUUUGGCAGAGGUAGUGCAGACAAAACAAACAUUGGAAUUUCUACGUGAAAUAAUACCUCGGAAAAUUACAGUAAGGCGAUUCAAAGAAAUGAUGGCAGCCAAAUCAUCGACUAGUAGUUCUUCAGAUGAAAGUAGCUCAGAUUCAGACAGUGAUAGUGAAUCUGAUACUGACUCUUGUUCUAAUACCGACACAAAAGAUGAUAACGAAAAUUCAUCGACUAGUGAACAUGAAUUAGAAACUCAAGAAAAUGGUAAAAAUAGUUACAGUGAUAAAAGUGAUAGCGAUGAGGAAUCUAAGAGGUAGAAAUAAGCAAAUAGAGAAUCUAAUUCUAUAUUAUAUAAUUUAUAAAUAUUUUAGAAAAUAUUUUAUCUAUAAUUUUAUUUCUAAGACGUCUUAAUAAAGAAAUCAUAUUAUAUCUUUAUGAUUCUUAUUCGUUAAUAGAUCUUAUUAUUUAAAUUAAUUAUUGUAGUUAAAGAUUAAAAAUAUGAAAAUUCAGUUAGAGAGUCAAAAAUUAGCGGAAAAUAU